AUGUUCUUCGAGGGCAGUCUUCAGGAGGGUAUUGCUGCCGCGCUUCUGCAGGGCAAGCCUGUGGCAUGCUUCGUAACAGGUAUGCAUCCCAUGCCCACGACCGUGGUCCCUCACCUGAACCCCACACUCACGUGCCUCACAGAUGACGGAGAGGAGAGCCGAACAUGGCUGGAUGACUACAUGCAAGAUGCGCCCAUCAAAAACCUCCUGAGCAACCAAGCCAUCUUGAUGCGGCUAGAGGCCGGUUCAGAAGAAGCAGCCCAUCUCGCUGCCAUAUUUCCAUUGCCAAAGACGCCCACGCUGGUCAUCAUCAAGAACGGCGAUCUCAAGGGUUACAUCACUUCUGGCACCAGCAGAGAAGACUUCGCCCAGCGAGUUUCCCAAGCUUUCAGCACUCCCUCAGCAACUACGACGCCAGCACCAUCCUCUUCUGCCGCCGCCACGACGCCUUCCCUUCAGACUCCACCGCAAACUCACCAACCGUCAACGUCGUCGUCCAGCUCAUCCGCCGGCGCUCCGACGCCCACGCAAGAAGAGAGCAACACGGCCGCCCUACGCGCCGUCAUGGCCGAGCGUCGCGCCCGGCUCGAAGCCCGCCGCCUGGAAGAGGAACGCAACGCAAAGGAAUCCCGCGCCGCACGCGCUGCCGCCGCCGCGACGGAUCCUGCCCCCGAAGCCCUAAACUUUGAGCCGAGGCCCAGACGAGGAGGAGACAUGAAGUACUACAGUAUUGAGAGGCGCGACACCAGUGGCAAGGUCAUUCUUUUUUUACCAUUUUCAGGAGAGCAGGUAAAACGUGCAAACGAGGAGCGGAAUGUCCUGUAUUGUACACCGCAGUGUGGGGAUGCAAUAUCUAGCAGAUAA